CUGAAUUUCAGGUUUUCGCGUGAAAAACCUGCAUUUUCUGAAAUUUUUUUUCCAGAAUGCUGAAAAUCAUCACCAUCCUUCUACUAUCCAUAUUUCUUCUCCCAAUUUCUGCCGCCAAAAUCCACGUGGAUUACUGUAUUUCAUGCGGCUACCAACAAUCCUAUAAUCAACUAAAACAAGAAGUUCAAGAAAAAUAUCCGGAAAUCGAAAUUUCUGGCGAAAACUAUGCUCGCAAUUCAUAUCUUCGAAAUCUCGCGGACUUUCUCGAACUCGCCAAAAUGUGCAUCAUUUUAUCGAUUUUAUCCGGAUUUUUGGGGCGAUUCCAGAAUUUCGCAUGGAUUUUCGAUAAUUUGAACACGAAUCGAUUGCGUAGUUGUUUGAUAAUUUAUUCGACCGGCUCACUUUUUUGCUCAUUUUUGAUGAGUUCCGGAGCAUUUGAGGUGCAUUUUGAUGGAAAAUUGAUUUGGAGCAAAUUGGAGAAAGGAGCAUUUCCGGAAAAUGAGCACAUUUUGGAGAUUAUUGGAAAAUUGAUGGGACUGGCUGGGAAUUUGGAAAAUCAACAGGAAGCUGACGAAUUUUUGUGA